AUGAACAACAGCGUUGUAGAAAAUUUGGACCGAGAAAAAAUUUCGAACCGCGCUGCUGUUGGAAUUCUUGGCUCCGUUCUUCAUUCUUUUGAUGUUAAUCCGGACCGCUUUACGUUGAGCAAGUCGUCUAUUCACAGAAAACGGCGAAAUGUUCGAAAGGAAAUUGCUACUGAAAUUCAAAAGAAGUUUGAAAAACGUAACGGAGUUCUGGUCCAUUUUGAUGGAAAGCAAUUAGUGUCAUCUAAUCGACAAAAGCGUGAGAUGCUAGCAGUUGUAGUGACUGGGAAUAACUUAACUGAGCAAAUUUUGAACUGCCAGUUUCUCGAAAACGGCACAGGAAGGUCAGUAGCAGAGCUUGAUUUCGAGUGUUUGAAAUCGUGGGAUCUGGAUACGUUUGUGAAAGGGAAACACGACACGACGAAUGUGAACUCGGGCGAAAUGAAUGGCGCUUGCGUGAUUCUUGAACAGCUGCUUGGAAGAAAAUUACUCGAUCUGCCUUGCCGCCAUCACGUGUACGAGUUGGUGUUAAUGACCGCGUACUUAGUUAUUUUUGAAGCAAAUACCACAUCACCGGAUGAUGAAGUUUUUAAAAGCUUUCGUGAUGCUAGGGACAGCAUAAACCAAGGCAAUAUCAGUGGACUGGAUAACGAGCAGUUAAAUCAAGAAGAACGCCGUGAACUAAUUAAGUUUUGUGAUGAGAUGUUGCAAAAAUCGCAUAUAAGAGACGAUUACGAAGAAUUCCUACAGCUAUCGUUGAUGUGCCUUGAUCCGCUUAGAAGAUUCAAACUCAAGUUACCAGGAGCUGUCCAUCACGCCAGAUGGAUGGCAAAAGCCAUUUAUGGGCUGAAAAUGUUUCUCUUUCGUGAUAAAUUUUUCUUCGAAGGAGUCACGGUAGAGAUGUUGCAGAGGUUUGCUCUUUUCCUGGUACGAAUUUAUUUGAAAGGUUGGUUUCAAGCACCAUUAACGUUGUCAGCUCCACGGAACGAUCAUAAAUUUGUAAACGCGUUGAGCAACUAUGAUGAUACACAACUUGCAGAGGCAACAUUGCAAAAGUUUCAAAAGCAUCUCUGGUAUUUAACCGAAAUUUUAUUACCGUCUACCGGGAUGAGAUUAGGUGAAUCGGGACCGAAUCCAAGCAUGGGAGGAGCGAUGGCUUCCUCUUGCAUACUAAUGCAUUUCGAGAGUGCCUCAAUAAAUAUCAAAAAUUAUACGACUAACCUGCAAUUGUUUAUUGUCGAAAUGCUAACCCAGCACCGGAGCACCUAG